AUGUACUUCUGUGACUCCACGAAACAGCUGACCCACGCACUGGAGCACACCAGCAACGCUCUACGCAACCGACGCGCCAGCCGCAGUGCCUUCUCAGUGGCGUUGACAGACAAACUGAUCUGUGUGGGUCCUUACCCUGCGGACAGUACCAUCAUCUACAAUCAUGUCUUUGUCAACCUGGACGACAGGUACAACACUUCGACAGGCAUCUUCACCGCGCCCCAUUCAGGUGUUUACAACUUGGCGCUGACCGUUUACAGUAACUCCAUCUCCCCCGGGAGCAGGCUGUCCAUGUGCGUCCAGCUGAUGAUCAACGGGGUACCCCGAGGCUCCGUCAACGACAACAACUACCAGGACAGAGAGGACAGCUCCAGCGUGUCCUUCGCCGAGCGACUGAGCGUCGGGGACCAAGUGUGGGUCACACUGCGAGCCAGGUGCUUCCUGUGUGAUGACAGCAGUCACCGCAACAUCUUCUCCGGGUUCCUGGCCUAUGACUAA